AAUAUGCUAACAUGGACGAAGCGUGCAGGAUUUGCACCAUGAUCUUUGCUGUUUUCGAAGAAGGGCGUCGAACAAAAAGUGAUUAUUGACUUGAAAGUAGACGCGAUACUAAACAGAGCCUUUUAGGCGCUUUGUGGAUGUCCACGGCUCUGGCAGGACUGAUCUUAGUCCGUCACACUGAGCUGCUACAAUGUGCGUCCAGUGCCUCUCGAAGCUCCGCAGGAGAAGCAGAUCUUUAACCGGAUGAUGGACAGGAACUACCCGUGCUCAAGCUUCGCGGACGCGCUGGCUCCUCCAGCACAAACCGCAGCUUCUUGGGCCUAUGAACGUAGCGCUGCGAGUAUCAAGCCAAGCACCAGUUAUGGCACAACACAUGUUGACACAGAGGUUCUUCACCGGCAAAGUUACGUGUCCUCCCACCAGCUGCCCAACUACACUACAACAAACCUACCUGCUGGAGGCACGCUUGACACAAAUAGUCAUACUUCUGAGACCUCAAUUAUGAGCUUCUUGUCAGCCAUGGAGUCCAGAAGUCUUCAGGCAGGACCUGUUGGUGCCUCACUGCUUCCUCCUUUUAGACCACCAUCAUGGCCAGCUGGCACAAAUUCUACCACAGAGUUAUACUUGACUGGUGCCCUGCCAUCUACUGCCACUUUCCCAUCUACUGCUGCUCUUAUGUCUUAUCAACAUACCAGUGCCUACCCAUCCAGAAGUUGUGCUGCAAAUUCUCCUCCAGCUCUUCAGGACCCCGCCUUCAGCACUUCCACCAGUGGCUUGUUUCUUUCUCAUCACGACCCCCUUCUACAUCUCAAACCAAGUCAGACCAUGCUUCCUGCAGCGUUGGCCUUUUCUUCUCCCACUUUAGGCUCCACUUUACCAGUCCAGUCCUCCACAUACCGCUCAGCUCAGGAGUCAGCCCCUCACCUCCUUCAACCCCAGUUUAGCCUGCUUCCUUGUCCGUUAUCCACUCCUCAUGGACCUUCACAGCAAUUUGGCGCUACUGUAUUUUCAGGCUCUAUUGAGAGAGCUCUUCAGAGAGAAUGUAGUGUGAUCAAACACCACCAGAGGCCUUCUACAAACAUCACAGUUACCGAGCAGUCCCCGGACUCUGAGCAUGCACUACAAGGCUACUUUGGAACUGUCAGUGAUGAAGAGGUAUCUUAUCCACCUGAACCAUCUCGGCACUCCCCUGUGUCCUGCAGCCUUUCCACUGGAUCAGAUUCCUCCCAUGGAGUAGUUUCUCAAGCCAAAACCGAUUCAGUCACUGAGGCUUACUCAGCUAUUUCUGUGCCAAAGGCUAAAGAUAUCCAUCUAAAUGAUGUAGAUAAAGACAGUAACUAUAAAAACCAUAAUUCUCCAGGACAAAAGCAAAAUUCUGUGAUUGCUAAUCAGCAGUCCAUACAAUUGUCUGGCCCUAUAACCAGCAGUUCCCCUAUUUAUGUCAAUUCACAUGCUCAGUCACAACCUCCAUGUUCUUCUCCUAACAAACUGCCUGCACCUUCCAGCCAGUCGGGGAGUGCUUCAUCUGUCAAUCAGAGCCAUGUUUACUCCCCUGGUCAGGAGCAAGAGACGCAGUACACAGCCCAGGCUCAGGGCUUGUGUCAACAACUUGCUCUCUCUGAAAGUUAUGCUACACCCCACUCUCAGGGUACCCCUUUAAUGACUUACACAUCCCAGUCAGAGGUGCAAGCUUCAUUAACGUAUCCACACAGUUACGCCCCAGAGCAAUCCCUUAACUCAUCCUUUCCAACCACAUGUAUGGAGAGUCUUUCCACUUCUAAUUCUUCUCAGGUGUACUCUUUAAUUCAGGCUUCAGGAGAAAAGGUGCUUAACAACUUAUCUGCGCAAGAAGCACACAGCAACAAAUCAUUGCCCCUUUAUUCACUGUCAAUGCAGUCCUUACAAAAUAACAUCACAACUACAGUUCAAGACAUAAAGCCUGCAACGCAGCAGGUCUCAAUGUCUGUCAAUUUAGCUGAGAACAGUUUGAGUGCUCACAACAACAUUAUUUAUGUUGUCUCAAAGAUGGAAGACCACCAUAAAUUACAAAGUGUUAUUCGAAGCAGUUCACAAUCGGUUGACCAGGCAAAUGGACUGGGACCUGCAAAUAGAGCGCAGGUUAAAGAUGAAAGUACAGUCACAGUAGGCCAAGAACAUGCCCAUCAAACUACUGUCUCUGGGCAGCUAGCUUCCAGCAUAUCACCGACAGGCAAUAGUGUAGUAUGUUCCCCUCCACAAUUGAACCUAGAGCAAAAACUGCAUUCUUCACAGAUCAGAUCUCCUGAAUCUCAUCAACAAAGUCAUCAAAAUCCAAUUCAGGGCCUUGUUACACCAGGCCACACUCAGUUCAUAACGGUUCCCUGUAAUCAAGUUCUUAUUGACCCAAACCAGAUGAUCAGUCACAAUCAAGCCUCAUCAAAGGGGGUAUCUGUGCCAGGAAUACAACAGCCCCAAGGCCUGGGUCCAGUUCAUGUCCAGUAUCUUAAUAUGGAUCGAGACUUGCUAGGAUCGAGCAUGGCUGAGACCACACAUGAACAGGGGCAAUUUCAUGAGCAGAAUUCUAGAUGCCCUGAUUCUAAUCAUCCUCUUAUCCCAAAAAGCCACUAUGACCAGACAACAAGUCAACAGCUGAAUGAUGCUAAGAACCAUUUUGCUCUUAACUCAAUUUGCUUUUCCGACUCAGUGUUAGAUGAAAGGAAUAUUAUGUCUAAUGUUGAUGAUAUUUUGGCUGCUACAGUUGCAGCAUGUGGUGUCCAAGAUUUUGUGAAGGCAUCAUCUUCUGUUGAGUCUGAUAGGUCAAAAGUAAAUCCUGCUGAUCCCAAAAAUCAGUUUCAGACUUUAGAUAUGAGACAUAUAUCACCUAUUUUCUCCAGUGCACAAGAUCUCACAAAUGUUUCCUCCAGCACUGUGGCCAUAGCAUCGAAUGGAUCUCGUGUGACAUCAGGCUGUCACGGACCCUCCAUCCAUUUUAACCAUAAUCCUGAACAUCACACAAAUGAAGACAAAGACGGGUCAGAAAAUCACUUUAUAUAUGUCCCCUCUGGUAAUGAAAACCAAACCAAAGUAAGGUCAAUAUUAAGUAUGAAAACAGAGGAGGGUCCUAUGGAGUAUGCUGAUGGUGAAGCCAAAAAGAAGGGGAAGUCAUUAACCAAGCCAGGAGGUGACGAUGAUGCACAUGCUAAACGCAGUGGACAGGUGAAGCGGCAAAACUCCAGGCCAAGUGAUAUUUCACCUCCUGUCACAACAAAUUCAGUUGACAGUUGUCCACAGCAGGAACGAAUAAGGCAAAAGAUUCGGGAAGUGGAGGAGAAGCAACCAGAGGUUAAAAAUGGAUUCAUAGGUUCAUUUUUGGACUUUCUCAAAUCUGGCCCAAAACAGCAAUAUUCUCCCAGUCCUGCACGAACAAUCAGUCGGUCAAAGAAGCCUUGCAACCCACCCAAACCCCCUACAUGUACUGCAAGUACUUUACCAAGUGUAGCACCUAAACUACAGACUCUUACAGCAUCUUUAAUUCCUCAAGCAAGCCCAGUGGUGAACUCUCAUUCAAAACGCCUAGAUGAAGAUCUGCAGAGGAAUCUGGAGACACUGCCAUCAUUCAGCUCAGAUGAGGAGGAAAACACUGGGAAGAAUUUAGCUUUAAGGAAUAGCAUUAGCUCAGUGCUCUCAUCUCUGGAUGAAUCUUCAGAUAGGAAAAUACGAAUAGAUAACAGAAUUUCUAACCCUAUGUUGAAGCCUGAACAACCAGUCAUGGUGCCUGUUACUAUAACAGCCAUUUGUCUUCCACAAAUGCCUGCCCCUUCACAACAAAUAAAGAGUGCCACGAGACAGACGACUGUAGCUGCAGAGAAGCCCUCUGUGACCGCACCUUCCCAGUUGGCUGUUCAGCUGACAAGUGUGGCUCUGGAAGGACUCACAGAUGAUGAACUUUCUGAUAGCGGAGGAGAGGGAAUGUAUCGUGAAAGAGAUGAGUUUGUUGUCAGAAAUGAGGAUAUUGAACCGUUAAAGGUCACAAUGAAAGCAGGGAAUGAGCCCCCUGCUAUCUGGAAAGUUCAAAAGGCUUUGCUACAAAAGUUUGUGCCUGAGCUACGAGAUGGACGGAGAGUCUUCUCAGCCACAAACAGUUAUUUGGGGUAUUUUGGAGAUGCAAAAACCAUGUACAGACGGGUUUACGUAAAGUUUUUGGACACUGUCAAUAAGCGAGAGUAUGUCAGAGUUUGUAGUAGAAAACCUCGCUGCAAGCCUAUGACUUCCUUAAGAGGUGUGCAGGUUAAAGCCCUGCUUGGCUUGACAGCCAAUACUUGCAACACCUCAUUGUGCCAAAAGCCCCGACCCAAACAACCUAAGUCCAGGGCAGAGCCACCACCCAAAAAACGCCGGAAAUGGAAGGAGGAGUUUUCAUCUACUCAUUCAGACUCUUCUGCUGAAGAAAAUGACUUAAAUCCUCCAGUUCCCUUUACUUCACGUCUGCUGAACACAAGGACAAUGAAGGAGACAUUUAAGGGCUUUGUGGAACUGCUCAUCAGUAUUGCAUUAGAUGAGGAUUUGAUAACCGCUUUAGAGAGAUCAAAUGAUGACGUACUACUACCACACAUGAAGAAGGUGGAUGGGAUGAUUACAGACAACAGGAAACGUUUACUUCUCAAACUUCCUAUUGAAAAUAUUUUUAAGACGGCCUUGGACAGCUUUCCUGAGAUUGCCGUAGUGACGGAAAUGAAAAAAGAUGGCGAAACUCCAACCUUCAAAAUUCGUCUAAGUGGGAGGGCCUACAACAAAAAAACAAUGAAACCCUACAAGUUACCAAACAAAGUGCCACAGGAAUACACUGUUAAUCAACAGCAAACUCAGUGGUUCUCUUUGUACCACUCUUUACAACAUUACAAGUACCACACAUACCUCAUGUGUAAAAAUGAGAUUGAGUCUCUGCGUGUCCAGGCGGGAGAACUGGGACAGGAGCAGACCGUACAGAAGUGCCUGCAGAACGGAGCGUGGUUGGAGGGCCUCUUUGAUCGCUUUGGAGAGCUAAUCAAUCAAGUGCAGCAGGUCUGCCGAUGAUCUUCACUUGUUUAGACUGGUGACAGAAAUAUUUGAACUCAUCUGAUCGGAUUUGUGAUAUCAAAAUUCCUUUUGCCUUUUUGAGUGUGUGAGACAAGUUACUUCAGGUUUUUCAUCAAACUCGAAUGUAACUUAAAGAAUGUGACAGACUUGGAAAGCUACUUGUCUCUGUGUAGGGUUUUGUAGGAAACAUAUUUUUAAUGUUUGUUGUUUGUAUGUUUGUAUGUUUUUAAGUAUUUUUUUUAAAUGAUAAAAUGUUAUAACACAUUGUUGUAUAUUAAGAUAGAAAGUCCUUGGCAUAACAUAGUCCUGAGAUUAAAUAAAUUAAAAAGUAUAGACAUAUGCCUACAAUAGACUUGAAUAGUUCUAUACUUCAGAUAACGUACACAUAUAAUUUUUUUUUUUUUAAUUUAAACAAUAAUUUUAUAUAACUGUUGUUUACAGCUUGGAAACAGCAUUUUUGUCUAUAAGCAUUAUGUACAUUUUGUGUACAUAAACACUGGUGAAAUUAUGCAAACUCAGUUCUUCCAAAUUUUAUCUUCCAAUACAUUUUUUAAAAUGGAAUGGAAGGACUGUAUUCAAUGAAUAUCAUUUCACUGUUCCUGUAAAGUUGCUUUAGUACUUUCUCAAAUAUCCCAUUUUAAACCAAAUAGAUUUCUAUUUACGCUAAUAUUUUUAUACAUUUCCACAACAAAUUUCUGUGAACCAAGAAAUUGGUUUUAUGCUAUGACUUUGAAAUACAGUUUCUAAAUAAAGUCCUGUAUGCUUUUUCUUGAU